AUGUCUUCCGGAACUGCCCCAUCUUAUGAGCCCCUCCCUGCUCCCCGACGCGUUAUGACAACCCACAAUGAAGCCGGCCAGGCAGUGAUCGACAAAAGCCUCCCCCAAGAGCUUGAAAAGACUCCCGGUCCCGGCGCGGACUUGUGGCUCGCCUACGCCACCCCAUCUCUGCCCGCGCCGCUCGCCGAUGACAAGGAGCUGGAUUUCUACAAGUCGCGGCUCCCCAAUAACAUCGGCAUCGCACACCACGGAGGACUUGUGACCCGUUUUGUCGAUUUCCUGCCGGGAAGCGAGGUGCCGUUCCACCGCACCGAGAGCAUCGACACGGGAGUCUUGGUCGAGGGUGAACUGGAGUUGUUUUUGGACGGCGGAGAGACGCAGGUGUUGAAGCGCGGCGACGUGAUUGUGCAGCGCGGCACGCUUCAUGGUUGGAGGAACAAGAGCGAUACGAAGACUGCGAGGUUGUUCAUCGUGGUUACUGCUGCUGACAUGCCGGUUGUUGAGGGGAAGAAGUUGGUUGAAGACAUGCCGGUUCCGGGCUUGGAGUCCCAUUGA